GACACCGUCGCGGCCCGCCGCCUGAGCGGUGCACCUGCCCUCUGGCGCCGGUCUAUUUUUAAUCGGCGCCUUCUGCCCGGCCGCAGCGGCCAUGGUUGUGCGAGAGGUGCUGCUGCCGGCGCGCCGAGGUCGGUCGGACGCGCCGCACCUCACUCCGCGUCGGACGCCACUCGCCAUGACUGAGGUGUCAGCCGUCGGAGCCGACGCAGCCGACUGCGUGUUAGCCGCGCACCGGGACGUCGACGCCGACGCCGCCGAGCCGGUCGACGCGCCGUCGCCGUCGCCGUCGCCGGAGUCCCCCAGUCCGACGUCAGCGGGCGAACAGGACCCGUCGUCGCAGAAACAGUCUGUCCCGCGAGGAUAUAUUCCGCCGGCGCUACAGAACUGUCUUCGCUGUGACGCCUGCUCGUGCAUCUACAUUGAUGAGCUGGACUACUACAAACACGUUCGGAACUACCACUCGGCCAGUGCUCAGCGCCGCUACAGGAAAUCUAGUCAGUGCAGAACGUGCGUGUUCUCCAAGAUCGUGCCGGAGCAGGUGACGACGCUGAAGACCUUGCAGCACCAGCAGCGGCAAGUCAGCCCCGUCAAAAUCAACGUCCUGCAGAACAACGUCAAGAGCCGCUGGAGUCGCAUGUUCGCCAGCCGUCUGCGUGGUCAGCUGACGCCAUGA